AAAUAUUACUUUGUUGUGAUUUAUCUGUGAAAUUGCAGCUAGUAAAUAAAGGCUAAACAUUGUUCCAAUCGCGGUAGUUUUCAACGAGAGUACUAAAAUUUACGAUUUUUAUGUUAAAUCAGUUGAACUGUUAUACGUUUUCUAUCUUUUUAUUGUAAAAAUUUUACAAUUAAGUGGCAUAUUUAUAUAUAUUAUAUAAAUUUUUCGCUUUUACUUGGUCACCUUGAGACAUUAUGAAGGUCAUUUUUGUUUGUUGUAUUGCGUUUUGUGCUGUCGGUGCAAUUUAUUCUUUUAAUAUAAAUGAAUUAAUUGAAGAAGAAUGGAGCUUAUUUAAACUUCAAUUUAAAAAAUUAUAUAAUGAUGUUGUUGAAGAAAAAUUCCGUAGAAAAAUAUACAUGGAUAAUAAGUUAAAAAUUGCUAGACAUAAUCAAAUGUAUGAAAAUGGUGAAGAGACAUUCCAAAUGGAAAUGAACCAUUUUGGUGAUUUGAUGCAACAUGAAUAUGCUUCUCUUGUCAAUGGGUUUUUGGGUAAACGUGUCGGGGGAACUCAAAAUUAUACUGAUGAAGACGCUGUAACAUUUUUAAAAUCUGAAAAUGUAGUUCUUCCUUCAACUGUAGAUUGGAGAAAAAAAGGAUAUGUUACUCCUGUAAAAAAUCAAGGCCAAUGUGGUUCAUGUUGGUCGUUUAGUGCUACUGGUGCUUUAGAAGGUCAACAUUUCCGUAAAACUGGUGUAUUGGUAUCUCUUAGUGAACAAAAUCUUAUUGACUGUUCUGGAAAGUAUGGCAACAAUGGAUGUGAAGGUGGUCUUAUGGAUCAAGCUUUCAAAUAUAUCAAAGCCAACAAAGGUCUUGAUACUGAAAAAUCUUAUCCUUAUGAAGCUGAAGAUGAUAAAUGCCGUUACAAGGCUGAAAAUUCUGGUGCUACAGAUAAAGGAUUUGUAGACAUUCCAGAAGGAGAUGAAGAAAGUUUAAUGCAUGCCUUAGCUACAGUUGGACCAAUAUCUAUUGCAAUUGAUGCCUCUUCUGAGAAAUUCCAGUUCUAUAAAAAAGGUGUCUACUAUAAUCCGCAUUGCAGUUCUGAACAAUUGGACCAUGGUGUCUUAGCUGUAGGUUAUGGUACUGAUAGUAAAGGAGGAGACUAUUGGAUUGUUAAGAACUCCUGGGGUACAACAUGGGGUGAUCAUGGCUAUGUUUUAAUGGCCCGAAAUAAAAGUAAUAAUUGUGGAAUUGCAUCUAGUGCCAGCUAUCCUCUUGUUUAAUAGUCUGUACUCUUCUUAAAUUCUGACCUUCAAUUUUUAUCUGUAUUAAUUAUUUUAAACAAUAUUUUUUUUAAAUUUGAAUAAUAUUUUUCGACUGUUUUAAUCUCUAUAAAUUUAAAUUAAAUUAUUUUCUUUUUGCAAAUAGUUUAAAUAGCCAGUUAUGAACUCUCUAAAAAUUAGGAUAAAAUAUUAUCUGCAUUUAAGCUAAGUUCCAGUUCUACUAAGAGUAAUUAUAAAGUCUAGUACUAUUGUACUUUUGUGAUAUGUAUGAUGACUGUUCUAUAAUAACUUAAUAUUAUAUAGCUAAUUAUGUUGAUUUAUUCUAG